AUGACAGACAGUGGCUACAAUCAGGUCCUGGUGAUGAUCGAUCACUUCACGAUAUAUGCAGACGCUGCGCCCUGCAUAAAUGCCUCAGUAGAAGAGACAUGCGAUCAUCUGAUUAAUACGUGGAUAGCGAGGCAUGGAUGUCCAAUGACGUUCCAAUCGGACAAUGGAACCGAUUUUGUAGGAGAACUUACUAAGGAGCUCAUGAGACGUUCUCAAGUGGCUCAGGCUCAUUCUGCGACGUACCACCCCCAGAUGAACUGCUUAUUGGAGAGGCAAAAUCGGACUCUGGUGUCGAUGUUGAAGGUUUAUUGUUUCAGAUACAUGACUGAUUGGGACAGAUAUCUUCCGCAAGCGAUGGGAGCUUAUAACAGAACGCAACACUCCGCCACAGGAAUUACUCCACACUUGAUGUUGACUGGACACGAAAAGUAUUUGCCUUUGACUUUUUUUUACCCAGAGCAUGAAGGAAAGAAAACAUCACCGCAAGUCUAUGUUAGGGAUGUGAUUAGACGUCAACAAGAACUGAACGUCUUGUACAGACAAAAUAGUGAGCGAGCACAGGCAAGGCAGAGGAAAAGGUUUGAUAAGAAAGCAGCUGUUGCAAAAGCUUACUCAGUAGGAGACUACGUGUGA